AUAACCUGUCACGUGUGUCUAAAUAUAACACGAUACGAAACACACUGUAAACAGAAUCAUGGCGUCGGAGUUCAAGACGGACGUGAAACACGACUUUGAUUUAGAGGCCGUUCUGAACGCUUUUAAGAGCUGUCAUUCACCAGAUAACAACCUGGUACUUGACCAAUAUGUCGCUGGGUAUCAAGAGCUAUGCAGGUUUUUCAAACUGACAGGAAAACUGUUUGGUUUCGUAGCAAGCGAGUUGGAGUCAAAAAUCCAUAUUCUGGAAACUCACCGGAAGUCGGAAAACGGAAAUGCUUAUGAAACGAUCCAGUCCAUGAUUGACUUUGAAGUCACCAAUGGAAUAACAAAGGUAUCCAGAAAUCCACCGUCUGGGUCUCGGACGCUUUUGCGUCUCCACAGAGCGCUUGGAUUCAUAAGUGAAUUCAUGGACAGAAUUGCAAAGAGUGACGAUGACGCAAAAACAUCAGAUAUAGCAUCGGAAGUGUACAAAAAAACACUAGGGUUGUACCAUCCUUGGAUUAUUCAAAAGAUGGCUGGUCUUGCGAUGUAUAUGCUGCCGAGCAGACGACAGCUUAUUGACACAAUGUGCAAACAAAACUACGAAAAAGCUAUAAGUACAUUACCGCUGGUGGUCGACGCCUUAAAACCCGUGUAUAACAUUACUCAAGAAUUGUACGAAACUAACGAUUUAUUAAACCUGCCAUGAUAUUUUAAAUAUUGUACGAAACUAACUAUUUGUUAGCUGAUGGAUUUACUUAACCUCAAAUUAUGUUCAAAAUGCCUUCAAAAUCGUCUAAAAUCAUGAGUUAUAUUUUGAAUGGUCCUUCCUCGACUCUUGUUUAUCAACAAACAUGAGGAUAUCAAUAUUCUAAAAAUAUUGGAGUAGCCUUCUAUGCAAUUUCUAUCUUCUGUCGGAAAAAGAAGGAAUUUCGCAAAAAACGUAUUUGUUGGCUCCAAAUCGCAGUUUUCAUUCCAACAUUUUUGAAACCAUUUACCUGGAAAUACUGUAUGUGCUUGUUGUUAUUUUUUUUUUUGUUCAGACAACAUUGAGAAAAGAAUCACUUUGAUUUGUAUGUUCUGAAAAGCCUUAAUGUCUUUAGGAUCCCUGACCUACUACACUGAAGCUCGCAUAUACAGUAACCUCCCUUUAACUUCCGUUUGGAUAUAAAAAUACAGUUGACCAGGCCACUUCCGUUGACCAGGUAGCUGAAUCGGUUAGAGCGAUUCGAUAACAACCCGAAAUUCAGGGUUCGAAUCCUGGUCAAGCCCCGCUGAAUUUUUACACUAAGAACACUAUUGUUGUGUUUUAUUUUGUUCAAGUUAUUUCAUAUAAAUUAUUUCUCAUUAAAGUCUCCCAAUGCAUUGCUUUUCUUCCGGCACCAAUUUGUCAAAUCUACAGCCCAUGCCGGAAUAAAAAGUUUCCAGUAUCUAUAGAGAUACCGUUUUUGGAAGUUGUGCUGGGAUCCUUAAGAAUUACUAGUAUUUGGACUAUUUAAUCAUUUUCCUGUUUAUAUGUCUGUCCAGUGCGCUUAAGAAAAUGUACAGAAGAAGACCGAUAUUAUAUAACAGGGAAAGAUUGUGUAUGAUAUUCAGACAAUUUCGGUGCUUUAUAAGAAAUAGUUUUCAAUUUUAUUUGGGAACGUUUAAGGUUAAGUGGACUACUGCAUCAGUUAAUCUCGAAGAAGAGUUCCACUUCAGACUUGUUUUUUCUCAACGUGGACUAUGUUUCUGAUCGUCCUCGAUACUCCAUGGGGCUACGCUCUCUUACAUUAUCUACACCCCUGGUAUACGUCAUAACCAAAUUGAAGACACGAAGAUAACUGUUUGAGUGGUCUCGUGUAUGACCAAUCGCUAGGCUGAUACCUGUCCUUGAAAAUUACAGAGGAGCGACAUCCGACUUCUAAGCCAUACGAUUUUACCGUUACGCGACCCUGAGAUUCUUUUGAUGUACAUCAAAGGAUCAAACUAGUAUCCUUGUCUUAUCCACAGGGGACGCACACUGAGACUUGAAUUUUACUAUCACAUUUUCUAGAGGUGCAGAGAGCUUAAGUGAGCGUAAUCCCUGGAGUAUUGAGGAUGGCUUUUGAUAUGUAGAAGAUGACGCAACAUUAAUGAGGUUUUUCUGGCAUUAGGUUACUAACAUUGAUGUAACCUUGUCAAGGCAAUAUUUCAUUUGGAAUAUGUGCAUUAAGAACUGUUCGAUAACAAGUUCAUUCCCUGUAGCUUUUGUUUAAAUUUGCUUCAUGAUGCACAAGUUUCGAACAACUGCAAUGCAGUAAAAUACUUCGUUAGAUGUGAUUUAUAUGGAACGCUUCUGUUGAAAAUGACUCAUUCAAUUUACGUAUUUCAAGAUAUUGGUAAACUUAACUUGAUGGUAUCCUUCACCUAAAAUAUACUCCAUUUCGCUUCCUAGGUUUUGAGAUUACAAUUUGUUACUUAAGUUGAUUUCGUUGUAUUGAUAUUAGAUAUACAUGUAUACACGUAUAUUAUAUAUAUGUAUAUGAAUUGUAAAUCCAGUUGUCUCGUCCAACCAGACGCCUGAUCACUUUGUAGUUCGGCGUAGCGGUAGUUUCGUUUAACUUGAAUUACAAGCAAUCGGGAACCGUCGGCACUUUCCGUAAACGAAAAAAUACCCGUUUACGGAAAGUGCCGACGGUUCCCGAUUGGAAUUACAUGCGCAGACAACAAGAGUUUGGUUGAACAAGGCUAUAUUCCGCAGCUAGUGUUCUGUGAUAAACAUUUCUAGGAAUAUUCAUCAUAUAUGUGUAUUCCCAUAAUCAUAUUUGUUAUGAAGUUAUUUACUUAUAUGUAACGGGAACAUUUUACAUUUUUUUCAGAAACAUUCUAGUCCCAGUAUAAGUUGGGCAAAAUUCAGCGUAGCUCAUUCACAACCCAAGAGAUUUUAAUACAUGUAUUUCUUCCCAACUUAAUAAAGAAAUAUCCGAAAUCGAUUUAUUUUCUAAAUCAAUGAUAUUUUGAGAGGUGUUUAUUUGACAACUAUUUUAUUCAGGCACGUUUAGUGUUUGAAACCCAAACUCGAAAAUAGAUGCAUUCAAAAAAAGUUCCCUACUUUUAGAUGUUUGUUUAUCACAAAUUCCUUCUGGCGAGAACUUGUGUGGUGUUAAAAGAUUGAGAUAGGAUUAUUUAUGUUGUGCAUAUUAAUUUAAAAUUUAUAAAAAUAAGUAUUCUGGAAAAAUGCAUUGAUUUCCGUUUCGGUUGAUUUAUUUUUGACUAACAUUAUAUAACAUUAUAUACAAAGCAUAAUCCAUGUUGAUGAUAUUUUAAUUGAUAAUUAUCUUCCGCCCUGAUCUCAAA